GGUCGCUCGAGUUUGGAUCUUCACAGCCGCUUCACGAUGGGCACCGUCGAGUCCAAGGCGACGCUUGUGCCGCCCUUUGAGCGCAUGUCCGAAUGGAACCUCACGCGGGUCGAGAAGCUGCUCAGCGACUACUUGGCGAAAGACUUGGACUUUGGGCUCGACUAUCACGGAUUGAGUUUGCUCCUGGAUGGCGACAAGGAGUGGAGCGAGCGCAUCAUCAAGGCUUUUGGCAGCCAAAAUGGCUUAAUCAACGUGCUUUCGUUCAUCACUGGCGCCUGCCUCGUCGUGAGCGCGACGCCCGAAGAGAAAGCUGCGCUCUGCUUCAAGGCCUUUGACUUUAGCGGCACGGGCUCCAUCUCAAUGGACGAGACGACAAUUCUCUUUCUCUGUGCGCUGCGUGGGUACAGCGUCAUGCUGGGACUCGGCGCAACGCCCGCCGACGACGCCAUGGAGGCGUGCGCGCUUGAAGUCUUUAAACUCUGUGAAAAGGACAACUACAGCAAAAUCACCAAAGAUGAUUUUUUGCUGUGGGCGACCAAGAAAGUAGCCGUCGACCAUGCCAAUGGUCUUUCCAGCGACAACAUUCUCGGUGCCUUUGGCCUUGGGCCAUCUCCAGCAACUGGCAAGACAGUCGCGGCCUCUCCUCGAGACGCCGACCGCACUGAAGUCAGCACACCGACAAGUACGAGUGCCGAGUAAGGCGAACAGAGUACCAGCAUGCGCGCCUACAAAUUUCCAGCGAAUCAACUGGAAUCUGAUGUGAUGGAAAUGAAUGGGCAAAAGAUUGCGCCAACUCGGUGCAUAUCGUCGCAUCCGUUGUCUAUUGAAGCUAAUGCAUCGUACGGUAUGUUGAAGCAGGGCUAACAAGCUUGAGCGAGG